GUUUUGAAAAGACCUGAGGGCACCUGAAUGCACCAUCAGCUGGAGCCGGAAAGUGAAUCAUACAAAACAGGAAAUGUACAAAACACAUCACACACAAGCCUCAGUGGCUCCAUUUUCUCGCUAGUGUUGAACUUUCGUUGUUCCACAGUUUACAGCUGUUUGGACUGAUUUGUCUGUUUUCAUUUUUUGUUGGAUUGAAACGACGAAAAUUUAAAGAUGGGGGGCGGCGAUCUGAACUUGAAAAAGAGCUGGCAUCCCCAGACUAUGAAAAAUAUUGAGCGUGUCUGGAAAGCUGAGCAGAAACAUGAAGCUGAACGCAAGAAGAUUGAGGAGCUCCAAAAAGAGCUGAAAGAGGAACGGGCCCGAGAAGAGAUAACAAGAUUUGCAGAGGAAGCCGGAUCCAUCAAAAAGAAGGAUGAUCGGCUGGACUGGAUGUACCAGGGCCCUGCAGGUCAGGUGUCCAGAGAUGAGUAUCUGCUGGGACGUGCCAUUGACAAGCAGAUCACCGACCAAUACGAGGAGCCCGAGAGCGGUCCAUCGGCUGAGACCGGCCUCCUGCCUGGGUCCAUUUUCAACCCAACCACUCCUGCCUCCAGCCUCGACCUGGCUGCCAAAAUCAGGGAAGAUCCCCUGUUUGAAAUCAGGAAACGUGAGGAAGAAAAGAAGAGAGAAGUCUUGACUAAUCCAGUGAAGAUGAAGAAAAUUAAAGAAAUGCUGCGUCAAAAUCUCGACAAGAAGGACAAGAAGAAGAAGAGGAAGAAGGACAAAAAGGAGAAGAAAGACAAGGAGAGAAGAAAGGAGGAGAAGAAGCAUAAGAGGAGGAGUUCAAGCUCAGAUGAAGAAGAUGAAAAAAAACACAGGUCACGUUCACGAGAUGAAUCUUCAGCAGACACCAAAUCUCGUUCCCACCAUCUUCCGGGCUACGGUCUACAGUUCCCCGCUGGCAGACAUCACCAGUCCUCAUCUACCUCAAAUCACUCAGGGCGACAUGAGAGGAGCCGCUCCCGAUCUCCUCACAGGAGCAGCAGAGAAAGUCAUGCCUACUCUUCCUCCUCGCACAGAGGCGACCGCAAGGUUGAGCCCAGAGCUUCCAGCCCACAGAGAGAGCGACACCAGAGACAGAGGCACCAUGUGUCCAAGAAGCUUUCUGCAGAAGAGCUGGAGCGUAAGAGGCGGGAGAUGAUGGACCAGGCCAAGCAGAGGGAGGAGGACAGGGAGAAUAAUGUGAAGAGAUACAAGAGGCAAGACGAGCAGGAAAAGCAGAGGGAACAAAAUGUCAAGCAUGACCGCCAUGCUGGCUUCAUUCAUAACAUGAAGCUGGAGAGCGCUGCCAGCUCGUCGUUGGAGGACAGAGUGAAGAGGAACAUCCACUCCAUUCAGAGGACGGCAGCCUCGCUGGACAACUUCAUGAAGAGAUGAAAACACAUUUAUCACACAGAUAAACUAAACUGAUUGAAAAAGCUCGGCAAGAGUACGUCACCCACUCCUUUAUCUGUCCCUUUAAUGUAUUAAAGAUGGCUGGUGUGGCGGGAGUCUGCCGUGAGCUCAAACAAGGACCUACGUGGCUCCAUGCCUACCCGUGGUUUUAUUUUGAAAAGUAGUUUCUACAAUGGUAACAUAAUUUAUAUUUCAAACUAUCAUGACUGAACCCUUCUAUUUACUUUCUUAAAAACCAAUAGGUCCAUGCCAUCUGAAUUUUGUACAGUAUAUUGUUUUUGUUUUUACAGUGUUAGAGAACCUGAUUUUACCUGAUAUGUUUUUUGUAAUAUAUGUUACUUAGUGUACUCCUGUGAGUGGAAGAUGUAAUAAAAACAUAUUUCCACAUUA